CUGAGGGGAAUGUUACUUUUAUUAAACCUUACGCUUUUAUUUAACUGCUCGGCUCUUUGUGAACUGUUCUCUGUUGUUAUUCGCUUCGGCAGAGAGAGUCAUGGUGGUGAAGAAGAAAACACCCAAAGUGGAGGCUGUGGUUUUGGAUGAACAGAAGCUACACCUGCUGUUAGCGUCCCUCUCUGUGGACGGAGGAGAGGAUGGAGUCCGGCAGGUUGCGCGGACCCUGCAGUCCUGUUUGGAGCUGACAGACCCCGUGCAGCAGAUCCAGCUGGUUAAAAAGGCAGGGAGCCAGCUGGAGGAUCUGAGUGAAGAAGAGCCUGAUGGAGCUCUGCUGGAGGCCUGUCUGCACACCCUUUGUCUGGUCUACACGUCCCUGCAGGCCAAGAACCCCCUACGACGAGCCAUAGCCAGCGCGUUAGGAUCAGUUCCAGCCUGGCUUCAGGAGCGUGCUGUAAACAGUUUGUGUGUCUGUUUGUCCGACUGUCUUUCCAACAUAACGUCAGACCGACAUCCUCACAUCGUGGACACCAUCACCUCCUGUCUGGACGGCUUCGUUAUCGGUGAGAGAUGCAUCAACAAACUGCUUCCUGAAGUGCUGCAGUUUCUUCACAAAGGAUUGAAUGAAUACCUUCAUCAGAACAGCGGUCUAGCAGGACGUCACAUAGCCCAGGCUCAGCUCAUGCACUCGUGUCUGGCUGCAGUAAAAACAUCCAUGCUGGUCAUCCAGAGAUCUCAGGAGAGCAUCAGUGGCGCCCUGGAGGCUGAACAGAGUCACUGCAUGCUGGAGGACACGCUGAGCGGCCUGCUGGGCUGCUACACACACAUCCUGACUGACGAGGAGUUCAUCCAGUCAGUGCAGAGCACGGCCGGCAUGGCUGUGGUGUUACUGUUCCGGUCUGUGAUGGGCUGUGGAGAUGACGUCGCUUCUGUGGUGAGCAGUUUACUUCGUAACUCAGCUCAGGGUUUAGACUCCGCCCCUCAGUGGUUGAAGCUCAGGUGUGAGGGUCUGUGUGCCCGUGGUCGCCCUCCAGGCGUUUCUUUGUACCUGUGUCACGGCGCUCUGGCCAUGCUGAGCUGGAGGGGCUCUCUGCCGGGGCCACAGUGGGAGCAGCUACUGCUGCUGGUCCCCAACACACUGCUGGCUCUGGAUGUCAGUAUAAAAGAGUCCAGUACAGCCAUGGUGGUGGCUCGGGUCCUGACCCUGUGGAGCAGUGCGGCCCUUGACUGCCUGCAGAGGGAGCUACAGCCCUGCCCCCCCUUCCUCCAGCAAUCCCUCAGCGGUGGCUCGGAGCUGCAGCGACACCUGCUGGAGCACAUCUACGCCCACUGGGAGCACCCGCUGGACGGAGUCCGCCACCAGACCCGCUCUCUGUUCAAAAACCUUCUCAUACUGCACCAGCACGCCACCCCCUCCAUGUCUGACCCUGGCAAGGACCCUUAUGUCAGCCAGCUCACACACAGCCUGCUGGGGCUGGAGUGGCACAUGAGGGGGAAGUACGGCUCGUUGGGCUGCCUGGUGGAACUGUACGGGGCGAGGUACCUGCUGGAGACCAACCCCCAGUUGCCCUCCUGUCUGCUGGGCCUGAUGGGGGAUCAGACUCUGGCUCCGUACGCAAGCGACUUGCUGGAGCGCCUGUUUGUCAGCCACAAGGCCCAGCUCGCCUCUGAUGCUGCAGAGGAGGACUGGAUGCAGUGCUGGCACCACACCUGGGUGACCCCCCUGCUUCAGGUGCUGUGCCGGGCCAAGCUGGACCAGACCACCUACAUCCUGGACUACUUCCUGCCCAAGCUGCUCCGCUGCAGCCCCUCCAGUCUGGGUCACAUGGUGCAGGCUCUGCAGGAAAUGCCCCCCAGCAGCGCAGCUCCCUCAGGCAGCAGGGGGGCUCUGGGGGCUCUGAUGACGUGUCUGCGGGCGGCCAGAGCCCAGGGUGUGGUUCCUCCCACAGAGGAGGGUCUGUGGGGAGGACUGGUGCCCCUCCCCCUGCUCCAACAAGCUCUCAUACACAAGCAUGACCAAGUGAGGAUGGACGCUCUGGGUUUAGUGUGCGAGUGCCACCGCAGCACUGAAGUUCUCACCUCACAGGAAAUGGACCUGAUCCGCCACUUCCUGCCACCGAAUCUGAACAGUCAGUCACCGGGCAUCAGACAGCAGACGGUCAGCCUGCUGAAAAAGCUGCUGUGUAGGAUGAAGGACAGCACCGUGCUGCUGCAAAAGAGACGGAUACAGGAGAGAGACGAGCAGCAGAGACACGCAGACCAACACACAAUGCACCUCUACAAGGAGUUCCUGUGCUGGAUGUGUGUGAGUCUGUUGGACGUUUUGCUUCCUGGAGCGUCCUUCUCUAAAUGCCUGAUGUCUCUGCACGUGCUGUGUCAGCUGGGACAGAUCUUCACCUUCAGCACAGGUGCUGAUGUGUUCGCCCUUGGUGAAGUGGUGACCUCUGCACAUGCUCAGAAUGUCCUCUACUGUGUCGCCAGCAACUUCCUGGAAGUCAAACAACUUGCCUCAACGUUACUACGGCAACUGCCACCGUCUGCUGUGGGACUUCAGGUGCCAGAAAGGAUGCAUAGAGUUCUCGGGGCUGCUCUGGACCUCAGUACCAGCACAAAGCCUUUCGACAGUGUCACAGCAGCUCACCUCUUCGACCUGCUGCUGCACCAGCCUCACCUGAGUCAGGCUCUGCUGCUCUGUGCCCAGGAGCAAGGCAUCCAUUUUCAGCCUCCCUCCCUGCCCUCCCAGGCGUCUGAGGCAGCCAUCAUGGAGCUCAACACACUGGCUGUGGUUCAGUUCUUGUUGGAGUGUCUGCAGUCAGAGGUCUCGAGGGCCGAGUCGUCCCUCCUGCAGGCCGCUGCUUCCUCUCCUCUGUACGGCAGAGCACACUGCAUCACUGCCGUCCUGCAGCAUCUCAACACUGAGAGUCUGGGGCACACAGAGCUGUGGAGACGUCUGGUGUCAGAGCUGAUCGCUGUGUGUUACAGGAUGUCUGAUGUGGUCUCACCUGUAGUCCAGAGCUCCUCCCCUGAAGGACUCAUCCCCAUGGACACUGACUCAGAGACGUCUGACGGUCUGCAGAGGAUCCUGCAGGAGAUUCAACCCAGAGACACAAACGACUUCUUCACGAGCACCAGAGAGCUGGACACACAGCGCACAGAUGAUCGCACACACACUCCGACACACACGGCCACACUGAACACAGGUGGUGAGGGCUACAGGGUGACGGCUCAGAUGGUGCUGGUGUGUUGCUGGCGGAGCAUGAAGGAGGUGGCCAUGCUGCUGGGUCAGCUGUGUCAGAGUCUGCCUUUGCAUUAUAGUGACAACACCCACACACAGCCUGGACUCAUCACAGAGGAACAAGUGGAGGGGGUCGGCUUGUACUUCCGUCAGCAGCUGCUGCAGUCUCGUCAUCGUGGAGCCUUUGAACUGGCUUAUGUGGGCUUUGUGCGCCUCACCGAGAUGCUGUGCAGGAGUGGGAGUCAGGCCCUGCAGCAGCUCCCCUCCCGCUGGCUGACUGAGGUUCUACAGGAGGUCAAAUCCAGCGACCCGUCGUCCAAGCUGUGUGCCACACGUCGCAGCGCUGGAAUACCGUUCUACAUCCAGGUGUGCUCUCCUCUCUCUGAACCAAAGUCGUCGAGCUGCAGCCUGCUGAAGAUGACCAUGAGGGAGCUGAUCGCGCUCGCCAUGCCGUCUGCAGACAGAAACACAGACACUUCCACCGUCCCUCAGGUCCACGCUCUGAACAUCCUGCGAGCUCUGUACAGAGACACUCGUCUGGGAGAAAACAUAAUUCCCUUCGUCUCGGAGGGUCUGCAGGCCGCUGUGCUCGGCUUCACCUCUCCUGUGUGGGCGGUGAGGAACUCAUCCACGCUGCUCUUCAGCACUCUGAUCACGAGGAUCUUUGGAGUGAAGAAGGGGAAGGACGAGCACUCGAAGAAGAACAGGAUGACCGGUCGAGAGUUUUUCACCCGUUUCCCCGCCCUCUAUCCGUUCCUCCUGAACCAGCUGGAGGAGGCUGCAGCCACGGUGGAAAGUGACAGCGGGCAGGUGAAGCUCCACCCCAGUCUGUUCCUGCUGCUGCUCGUGCUCAGUCGACUCUACCCGUCUCCCAUGGACGGAUCCUCGUCACCUCUUGGACUCGCGCCCUUCAUGCCCUUCAUCAUCAGAUGUGGUCGCUCGGCAGUGUAUCGGACCCGAGAGAUGGCGGCGCGGGCCCUUGUCCCCUUCGUGCUGCUCACUCAGGUCCCGUCCACCGUCCACACUUUACUGCAGGGGCUUCCUCUGCAGCCGGGACCCCAGACCCAACAGAACCACAUCCACGGGACUCUGCUGCAGGUGCUGUUUCUGCUGCGCUCCUAUCAGACCGACUCUCACAGACCCCCGCCAGCAGGAAACGGCAUCGCUGAAGCUCUCCUCCAACGCAUGUGGCUUGCCUCUCGACAGAACUCAUGCUCGGUGACCAGAGGAGCCUUCCUGGAUGUGUUGGUGUGUCUGUGCAGGUCCAGGAUCAGCCUCCUGGAAGUCUCAGAGGUCGCUGAGCUUCGUCGAGGAGCUCUGGCGGUCCUCAUGGACUCAGAGCUCAUUACUGCAGACUCCCCACGGGGGCCUGGCAGCACCCAGUACCUGCUCAGCCUGGCCCGGCUGGCCCUCAGUGCCAGCCUGGAGGCCCCUGAGCUGUGGGGGGGUCCUGAACUCUCGAGCCGGCUCCUUCAGAGUCUGCUGCUGUGCCCAGAGUACGAGGUGAGGGAGGAGACCCUGCAGGAGGUCCUGAGAAGGCUGCAGGAGGACCAGGAGGAGGAGGAGAGGAAGAGGCCUCAGUGGCUGGAUGAGACCACCCGGUCCAACCUGACCAGCCUGGCUCUGCACGAGAAACACCCCCAGUGUCUGGCCAAGGCUCUCAGCGUGCUGUGUGUGUUGAGCUCUAGCGGUGAACUGAUGUGGAGGGAUGGAGCUCAGAUUGUGUCUCAGGAGGCGGUCCUGCUGCACCUCCUCACUCUGACGCAGAGGUCUGCUCACAGUGUGGAGCUCCACUGUGCCGCUCUCACCCUGCUCUCCCAGCUGGUGGUUCACCUGGUGAGCUCAGACCCCCAGGGAGCGGGUGCAGUGUCUUGUUUGGCUCAGUGGGGGGCGUUGGUGUGCUCGUGCUGCAGCGAGGAGCAGCCAGAGGAGGUGAAGCUGACGGCGGCAAAGGUGUUGGUCACCUGUGCAUCAUCAGUGCUGAUCAGCCCCCACCUGCCCCUGGGUCUGUCCACCUCAGUGUCUCUGUGGAGGAGUGUGUUUAAGCUGCUGCAGGAUGAAGAUCAGGAGGUUCGAGAUUCAGCCUCUGACUUCAUCUGUAACAUACCAGCAACUCUGUUUCAUACAGGUGUGUCCUCAGGUGUGUCUGUGUGUCCUCCUGCAGCCCUGGACUCGGCUGUGGGUCUCCUCUGUCGGCUGUUUGAGGUGUGGGGGCGGGUCCCAGCGGGGGUCCUCGCUCUGACAGAGUGGCUUUUAGGAGAGGAAGAGGACGAUGAUGAGGCAGACGGCGUUUCCAGUCCAGUGGAUGAAGAGGACUUCCUGUUUGAGAAGGGGGACCUGAACCUGUGGGCGGAGCCUGUCCAGUGGGUGAAGCUGCUCCACAGACACCUCAGCUCCCUCAUCCUGACCUUCAAACAGACCCAGACCCUCAAUAUCACAGAUCCAGACCAGCUCCACCAAAUCCAAACUGUGAUGACUCAGGCCAGAGCCCGGGCUCUGAGCUCCCAGCAGGUCCUGGACUCCCUCCCUGCUCUGCCCCAGUUCUCCUGCACCAUCGAGCAUGCCCGGCUGCUGCUGCAGAACCAGAGGGCCAGCCUGGUCCUGGAUCUGCUCCACAAGCUGCAGUAGAUAAGUGGAGGUUCUGCUCCAACAGCUCAGUGUCAUUAUUUGAUGAAAAACUGGUUAAUGGGACUUUCUUCAUUUUAAAUGUUUCUGGGUCCAAAUGUCGAACACGUUGGGUCCCGGGGCCAGAGAUCGCUAAGGUUGUCAAAAUUAGAUUUUCACAAAUUCACUUACAUAAUGAUAACACACUUAGUGGAUCUUUUAUUCAAAGGACUAAAAAUGUUUUAAAAAAUGUUGUUUCCUCGCUCAAAAAUAUUUUUCAGCCACGCCUCGACUUCAGGUUCUGAUCAAAUCUUUUAAAAUGUACAUUAAUGGAUCACUUCUAUCAAUCAGGUUCUGGGCGGGCUCGGCUUUAAUUAGAUUCAAAUACGGGGACGCCUUGGGAUCCCCCAGGACAAGCUGGAAAAUGUUGCUGGGGAGAGGGACGUCUGGGGUCGCGACCCGACCUCAGAUAAGUGGAAGAAAAUGAACAGAUGAAAAAGUUAAACAUGUGAGACCAGAGACUGGCUUUUGUGGUCGAGUCUUACAAUCAUCACAUGAAAGAAACAACAGGAUGUUUUACUGUGUCUUGUGUCUUACAAAUGUUGCCCUCCUCGUUUUUUUUAUUAUUGUGAUUUCUGUUCCUCGAUGUGUUUUUUAAUAAAGUGUUGAACAUUU